AUGGACGGCGUGACCACCACGUCCGACGACGAAUAUGUGCUCGAGGACAUUUCAUGGGACGAAAUCGACAAGCUCAAGUACUACAUUGUUGGACCGUCCAUGUUCCUCGCGGUGCGUGCCGCCGUGUACCCGAGUAAUUUGGUCAAGACGCGGCUCCAAGUCCAGUCCAAGCACAAUCCGCUUUAUUCGGGCACGUUCAAUGCGUUCGCCACGAUCGUUCGACAGGAAGGGGCGCGUGGACUGUACAAAGGCUUUGGUGCGAGCACGGCGAACGUCUUGACGGGCAACUUUUACAUUUCGAUCUAUGAAAAGUCACGCGAAGUUUGCAAGCGAUACACGACGGUGGGCGAGAAAGGGGCUAAUUUCGUGGGUGGAGCCGUGGCGUCGCUCGUGUCGCAGACAGUUGUUGUCCCGUUGGACAUUGUGUCGCAGCGUAUGAUGCUCAGUGGGCAGGGGCAGGAUGUAGAGAAGACGCGGGAACGGGCUAAAGGGUUUGUUGCUGUGACCAAGCAGAUAUUUCGGGCUGAAGGGGUCCGUGGAUUCUAUAGGGGAUGCAUGCCGUCCAUCGCGACGUACGCGCCGUCAUCCUCGAUUUGGUGGGGAUCUUACGGACUUCUUGCACCCGUGUACUAUAAACUGAUCAAGAAUUGGCCUGUCGAUUCAUUCUGGAAACAAGUGCUGGCGCAGGGAAUGAGUGGCGCAAGUGCCGGCAUCAUCACUGGCAUUUUGACAAAUCCCAUGGACAUUGUGAGGACGAAAGCGCAAGUAUAUACGCAGUACGGCGCUAUCGACACCCUCAAGUAUAUUUUAAGGAACGACGGGCCGAUGGGUCUCAUGACAGGCCUCUCCGCGCGGCUACUGGCUAUGGGUCCAUCCGGUAUCCUCAUGGUGACGUCGUAUGAGUUCGUGAAGCGUGUGUGUCGGAAACCACAUGAAGCCAGUAGUGCUGCCUACGCGUAA